AUGAUCUUCGAUCCGUGCGGCGAUUUGCUCAAGGACUACAGCGCCUUCUGCGAGUCUCUUCGAGUGACGGAGAGGGAGGACGUGUAUAGUGCCAUUCGCACUCGUGUCGUCCAAGUGCCGCCGUUGCCUGCGGACGCGCUAGAGACGCCUGGAGGGGCCGGCGGUGAUGCUAGUGAUGCAGCGGACAAGCAUCUGGUGUCAGCCAAUGCGAAUGCGAAAGGGUUGCGCUCGUCGAGUAGGACUGCUUCCAAGGAGAAGGAGAAGACCAGCGGUGGCGGCAAAGACAAAACCCCUCCCAAGGGCGCACUAGAGGCUGUGCCAAAGCGUGCGGAAGAGGAGGCGCCACCUCGACUCCCGGAGACGCCUACUACAACUUACAUCUCACUCCACUACCCCGUCUUCUGCUUGAACCAGCGGGAUAUGAUGCCGCUCGCUCGCGCCAUCCCGCACUGCCCCUCAUUGCUCUCAGUGGAGCUAAUCGGGUGCGGGCUGAGCGCGCAGAGCUACAUGCAGCUAGUGGAGGCGGUGUAUCGAAGUCCGCGUGUCUUGUCUGUAGCAGUGGAUUUCAAUCAGCACAUCGGUGGCGCUUCUUGCACAGCCCUCCCUAUCGACAAGGCGAGGCACGCAGGUGUGCCUGCCAACGCGCGAGGGCAGGGUGGAUUCGUGAUUGACCCGACUCUGCGAAGUAUUACAUCACCGUUACUCGGCGAUGCGCUGGAGAUGUCAGCCACCGGCUUGUGCAGCUUCUCCUUUGCCUCAGGAAACUCACAGGAGCGGCCCUUCAGUUUGGGCACAGCCACUGUAUUUCCUGCUGGUGGUACGAGCGCGGCUGAAACGGCGACCAGCGGUGACCGCAACGGCGCUCGUGCUGUCAGGAGUGACUCGAAAUCGGCAGUCAUGCGCAAUAGGGGGCCGUCGCAGAGUGAGGCAGCGGAUGCGUCAAUCACCGUCAGUACCGAACUUCAGAGGGUUGGGAAGACUGGCGACGAAGACCACGGGGGGUGCAGCUCAGUGCUGUACUUUUACCCGACGCAGUACUGCGGUGUGGAUCAGCUGCCCACGCAGCUGGAGCUGCAGCUGCAGGAGGAGAUGGAGAAGAAAGGGAAGGUGGAUGGCAAGCGACUGCAGCAGGUGCAGACCCAACGUGACGCCAUGCGCAUCUUCAAUCAGCAGAACCGCAUGGAGGUUCCCAAAACGUGGGACGGCAUCCUCUUCACGGGCAUCCGUCGACUCAGCUUGCGCGGAAACGGUAUCGACGACGCGGACGUAGCUCGCAUCGUGGGCGUGCUACUAAACAACCCGCGUUCGCAGCUCGAGUCGCUCAACCUCUGGGGGAACGACAUCACGGACAUCGGCGCCACGGAGCUAGCCCGGUUGCUGCGUCAUAGUCAAGACAUCCGCGUCUUAGAUGUUGGCAACAAUAAACUGAGCGACACCGGCCUUCUGGAGUUGAUUGACACGUUCCGCAUGCAGCAGGUUACAUCGCCGGAAAAGGUACUUGCGGCGCGGCGUGCCUACUUGAUGAGACGAGGCGCGACAGAUGAGGAGCGCAAGGCUGCGAGCCAGCCGUUGUUGGUCAGCGACAUCCCAAGCUAUGAAGAUCUCUACGCCUACUGGUGGUACACGCAGCAGCAGCAGCAGCAGCAGCAGCAGCAGCAGACGUCAAACCCAUGCACGACUGAUCGUAGCGGCGCCGAGGAUGGCAUAUCCCAGGCGCACGGCAACUUGUCUCUCUCUUCCACUCCCUGUCUGCCUCUGCCACCGCCUCCUCCGCAGCGCGACGCAUCGCUCAGCCCCAGCUCCUCCGCAAGCACGAAACGGUCCUCUUCGGUGAAGAGCAAAACCACCAAGUCGGAACCCGUUCCUGGAGGCUACAGCAGCGGGUCGACGGCAGCCGCCUCAGCGACACUGUCCUCCUCUGCUGCGAGGGCAGCAAUGCGUCCUACGGCGGCCUUCGACAGAGACUGCGUGCGGGUGUACCACCUCGCCGAGAGCGACUCGUCCAUCCGCGUACCAGGCAACACAAUACUGGAGGUGCUGAACAUGGAAGAGAACCGCUAUGUCACCAUCGUUGGCGUGCGCGAAGCUGCGCGGCGACUUGCCCUGCGCGAGCCAGCAACAACGGCGGAGGUGUUAUCCAUGGUUGAGGUUCGAGAAGUGCAUGGGACCCUGUCACUUCCCUCGUCUUCGCCGCAAUCCACCGCCGGCUCGAGCACGGAGGGGUGUGGUAAGCGUAUCUCCGGCGGUACCCACCGUAUCACAGCCACCGGAUCGCCGCCGGCCCUGACUCUGUCGACGGUGAUUCACCCGCCCGAGCUGCACUGUGCUGGGCUGCGGCUGCGCGUCUGCGCCGUGCGAUGCCACCGUGAGUCUGAUCGCAGGACAUGGCCAGAGAUGGAUGAGGUGCAGCAGCGUCUGAACGCUUCCCUGGAACAGUGGAAUCGCUCUCGUGCCUCCUCGCGCGCAUGA